CAUUGUCAUCUUUGCAUCCCUUGUUUACUAUGCGGAAAGACUCCAAACCAAUCCCCAUAAUGAUUUUAAAAGUAUACCCGAAGGCCUUUGGUGGGCCAUUGUAACCAUGACCACAGUUGGCUAUGGUGAUAUGGUGCCCAGAACCUAUGCUGGCAUGAUGAUUGGUGCUCUGUGUGCAGUUGCCGGUGUGCUUUGCAUUGCCCUUCCAGUGCCCGUUAUCGUCUCCAAUUUUACUAUGUUUUAUUCACACACUCAAGCCAGAGAGAAGCUGCCUCGUCAACGGAGACGAGUCUGUGCUUCCCCAUUGGAUCAAGCCUCAUCAGGUACACCGGUAACGAUGGGUCCACAGGGAUUUAAUAUUGCAACUGGAUCAGCAUCGAGACGAUUCAAUGCCAUCAAAUAUCAUGGAUUUGAUCCUUUUGAAAUAAAUCUUGGUAAAUGUUGUCUUUACUUGAUAUUUCAUUCCAACAGAUUCAGUAAAGCACAAAAAUUAAACUCUUUUUACCUUUUAUCAAAUUUGGUUUUAUCACUCCAAACAAAUGCCUAGUUUUGUUUAUUGUCAUCAUCAGUUUCAAGACUUUACUAAAGAAACUCUGCAAAAUGAAUCCAAAAUUUGAAAAU